CUCUGUUUUACUUCCCCCUUUAGCAUGUUGUUAGCAGAGCUGCAAGCUAGGUGGGGCUGACCUUACUGGAAAAGAGGACAAAGACAAUGUGGCGGUUUUCGCUUAGAUCAUAUGCAGAAGUGAUUGAGUAAAUAUGAUAAAGAUGUUGGCAUUUCAAACGCUUCGUGUCGUUUCCCUGGAGAUCCUUGGUUCGUCAUGUAACCUGUUGGCAAACAAUGUUCGCUCCAUAACUAAGAGAUGCAGCCUCAGGAGUCUGCAAAGCCAAAUCUUAAGACCGCUCAGCUCCCACCAACAUAAUCUAAAGGUCCCAAAAGUGCCAACAUGGGAGCAUGUACCAGAAGAGGAGCUUCCUCGGCCCACCAAGAUCCCUGCUGACCUGGUGGACAGGCUGGAGCGGCUGGCCUUGGUGGAUUUCCGGACCCAGCAGGGGCUGGAGUGCUUGGAGAAAGCCAUUCGUUUUGCUGAUCAGCUUCAUGUUGUUGACACGUCUGGGGUCGAACCGAUGGAUUCAGUUCUGGAGGACAGGGCUUUAUAUCUGAGGGACGACACAGUGACAGAGGGCGACUGCGCAGAGGAGCUGCUUAAGCUCGCAAAAAACACAGUGGAAGAAUAUUUUGUUGCACCACCAGGGAAUAUUCCUCUGCCUAAAAGGGAGGAGAGGGCUGCCAUCCUCAGACACUCGGAAUUCUGAAGACUUGAUAGUGAAUAAUUUAUUGCUUUUUUUUAAUGGAAAAUUGUACGUGUUUGCCUUAUACUCCUCAGUCACAUGCCUUGGUUGAUACCACAUGGCAGACGUUCAUAAUUGUCUUUACUACAGUUUAUCUGCAACCAUAAGCAAUAUGGGAGAAACUGGGUUUAUUGGCUCAGCUUCUGCUAAAAGUCAAAUCUUCCUGUUGUUGACAAUUAUGUUCGGGUUUCAGUAUCAUUUCACAUAAAGUUGACGUCACACAUUGACUACAGCUGUGAGGAUGCAAAGUAAUGAUAGAAUAGAUAGUACAUUGCACAGUGACAUAUAUGUUAUGUUGUGUUAUGUUGGUUGUCAUAUUUUACAUAAGGUUCUCACUGAAAUCUGAUCCAUGACUCUUCAAAUGUCUUAAGCUCUUAUAAAUAGGCCUGUAAAUAUUGAUUUUACAAUAAAGGAAUAAAAAUUAAAAACCUG